GGCAGCUAAUUAAGAUUGAUCGCAUCAUAUGGAUAUUCCCGUCGAAAAGACUAAAGAUGUUUUGGACUCUUUAUUUUUGCUCUAACUUUUUAAAUAACCUCACAUAUUAGAAACUAUACUAAUUUUGUGGUACCUUUAAGGCAAGACCGGAGGUUAAGCACAAACGUAAUUAUAUUUAUUUCGUAGUUGCAUUGUGCAACAUUUGUGUCCGGUAAGCAUAUUAGUAAUCUUCUUCGUGCCUUAUUGUACUCAAAAAGAAAUUACGUUGCUUUGUCAUCUAUAUUAUUAUAGUUACGUAAAUACAGUUUUAUUGUGAUUUGACCUCAUACUGGUUUUAAUUUCUUAAAUACAUUUGUGAUAACGUGCUUGGUGCCAAGUUGUCAUGCAUACUUUCGCCCUUCAGUGGCGCUCGCGCUCCCCUUCGCUGUUGUUUUUUAAAGCAGACGACAGCGUGAGGAUGUUCGACUGUGCGAAAAGUAUAAACAAAAACAAAGUGGGAUCUUGUCACAUGUGCGGUCCGUAGUAUUUUUUUGUUUUGUGUUGCCGUGCUCUUUCACUGGUGUAAAUGCGAACGCGAAGGACUAGUUUUAUGAAUGCAGCACAAUGUUAACACAAAAGGUGUUUAUACGUAAGACUAAGCGAGGCAAUAUUCUGAAGAUUGUUAGAGAGCACUACCUUCGCGAGGAUAUUGGCUGCGGUUCGGGAGCAUGUUGUAAAUGCAACGAUAAUUGCGCGAAACCUCUGCAAAAAGACUUUAAAAGUGCUAGUGAAGUGGUUAGCUACCCUCAUUAUGUUGUGCCGGAUACGAACAUUGUUUUCCAUCAGAUGGAUGUCCUAAAGGACGAUUCUUUCCGCAACGUAAUUGUCGCUCAGACGGUGAUCCAGGAGUUGCGACAUCGUCACGCGCCAGCGUACAAUGCCGUCCGAGAAGUCAUGGCUAAUCAAAGCAGACAUUUCCACUGCUUCGUUAAUGAACAUCAUAAGGACACUUACGUGGAACGGCUUCCAGGAGAAUCUGCUAAUGACCGAAAUGAUCGAGCCGUCAGGCGUGUUGUCCAUUUCCUUCAAAAUCAUUUCAAUGAACAGGGAUUGGCCAUUAAGGUCGUCCUUAUAACCGAUAAUCGAGCGUGCUUGGCUUUGGCGAAAAAAGAGGGUUUAACAGCUUUCACCCUCAAGGAGUACGUGGGAGGAAUGAAUAAGCCGGAACUUUUGGACAAGAUUGUUAUUGGGCAGGAUGGAUCCGGAGAGGGAGAUCCUGUAGCCUCAAAGAAGUUUAUGUACCCUGAACAUCUGACAGCAGCAGCUCUGCAGUCUGGAAUAAGAGCUGGACGACUUCGCGCAGGAAAAUUCAUGGCGUCACGAGAAAAUUAUCUUGAAGGCUAUGUAUGUUUUGGAGAUGUAGACAAUGAAGAUGAGGCAGAUAGGGUGCUUAUACAGGGCCUCAUGAAUCUUAACAGGUCCGUACAAGAUGACACUGUUGUAGUAGAGUUGCUAGCCGAGUCCGAAUGGGCAACUCCCUCAUCCGUUGUACUUGAGGAUGAAGUCGAGGAGGCAGAUAAGGUCGAUGAAGAAGACGACGAUGGUGAUGAAGCUCGUCGAGAAAGAGCUCUUGAACGGGUCCUGAGGGAAAGUAAAACGGAAAAAGGAGUGAAAAAAAUGCCGACAGCAAAGGUGGUCGGAAUCUUGCGACGUAAGUGGCGCCCCUACUGUGGAAUCCUUGCUCCUAGCGCAAUCAAGGAGGCAACUAAGCAUCUAUUCGUGCCAGCCGAAAAGAAAAUCCCAAAGAUUCGAAUCGAAACACGCCAGGCGCCGACUCUCGCAGGCAAAAGAAUUGUUGUCGCCAUCGACAGUUGGCCUCGUCACUCAAGAUAUCCAUUGGGCCAUUAUGUGCGCACGAUAGGAGAAAUUGGCGAUCGACAAACGGAGAAUGAAGUCCUUCUGCUUGAACACGACAUUCCGCAUCAGCCGUUCUCAACAGCUGUUCUUAACUGCUUACCGAAGAUGCCUUGGAUAGUCACUUCCGAGGACGAAAAGCAGCGUGUAAACCUUCGAGACGUGCCAAUUUGCUCUGUCGACCCCCCAGGCUGCACAGAUAUCGACGAUGCUUUGCAUGCGCGUCAUUUGCCGAAUGGAAACAUCGAAGUUGGAGUUCAUAUUGCCGACGUAUCUCACUUUAUUAGACCAGGAACGGCCAUUGACAAAGAGGCCGCGGAUCGAGGAACCACAGUUUAUCUCGUAGAUCAGCGCAUCGAUAUGAUUCCUGAUUUGCUCAGCUCAAAUCUAUGCUCACUUCGUUCCAAAGUUGAUCGUUUUGCUUUUUCGGCGAUGUUUGAGAUGACGCCUGACGCUAAAAUAGUAUCAACUCACUACCACAAAAGUAUAAUUCGAAACAAGGCAUCACUCACAUAUGCUGAGGCUCAAGCAAUGAUUGACGAUAAGGGCCGAAAUGAUGACGUUACCCAAGGUCUUCGCUUACUAAACGUGUUGGCGAAAAAGUUAAAAUCAGAACGAAUCGCCAAUGGAGCACUGGGUUUGGCGUCAACUGAAGUUCGGUUUCAAAUUGAUAUGGAAACGCACGAUCCCAUUGACGUGAAGACUAAAGAACUUCUAGAAACUAAUUCAAUGGUUGAAGAGUUUAUGUUAUUGGCAAACAAGUCUGUGGCUGAACGAAUUUAUCGUGAAUUAUCUCAUUGCGCCAUUCUGCGACGACAUCCGAUUCCUCCUGUGGGUAACUUUGAUCCUCUCGUAAGAGCUGCCGCCACACGUGGAUUUACCGUAAAGGUGACAAGUGGAAAGGAGCUGGCUGACUCACUGGAUGCUGCAGACGAGCCGAACGAUCCGUUCUUUAACACGAUGUUACGAAUGGUAGCAACGAGGUGUAUGACUCAAGCCAUAUACUUUUGUGCAGGUACGGUCGCCGAAGCCGAUUUCCUGCACUACGGAUUGGCGUUGCCGUACUACACGCAUUUUACUUCACCAAUCCGAAGAUACGCCGAUUUGAUGGUACAUCGUUUACUCGCCGUAACCAUAUCCGCUGACGCCACCUAUCCUGAUCUUCUGGAUAAGCAUCGCUCACAAGUACUUUGCAACAAUCUCAAUUACCGUCAUAAGAUGGCUCAAUAUGCAGGAAGAGCCUCUAUGUCACUGUACACACAGAGAUAUUUCCGAGAAAAGUGUGCCUAUGAAGAGGGCUACAUUCUGUUUGUGCGCGAAAACGCCCUACAGAUUCUUCUGCCAAAGUUUGGUAUGGAAUGCACGCUCUAUGUAAAAGACAAGCCAGGUACUGCUCAACCAAGAGUUACGAUACCUUUCACCUAUGAUGAGGAGCGCUGCACGCAAGCCGCUAAGGGAGUUGUUCUCCGCCAAUUUGAGCGUGUCACAGUUCGUGUUUCACUCGAUCGAAGCAAUAUACAGCACCAAAAGGUCGUCGUGGACUUAGUCGAUCCGUUCAUUCCAGGGUAUAGUAUUGAACAGGUGAAGAAAGAAAAAGUUCAGUUUAAUGAAGAAAACCCUACUUUGGAAAAGAAUCCGGCGAAAUCCGAAGCAGCAGCUCGAAAACAGAAGGGAAAAGUCGCAAAAACUAACAAAUAAUAGCUCAAAAGAUCUUCAUGGAGAAACGUUUACUAUUUCUCCUGUAUCUGACUAUGUAUAUACAAGCACACUCGUAUUUCUUAUACAUUUCUAUUAUAUAUAUCGAAGUAACGAUAUAUACCAAUGAUGUCAUAAGAAUAAUGUUUGUAUUAAUACUGCUGUUUUUGUUCUAAGAGCAUUUCUAUCCCAGUUAUGAAUUAGAAUGGUGCCGAUUAUCCAAUGAUCCUCAAAAUAUGCGACCCAUUAUUUUUGGACGGUACAUAUGUCAUAGUCGAUGAUACGAUAGUAAAAACGUUAGGUGAGGAUACUUAUAAUUACUGGACUAUUUAAGAAUUUUAUGUUUAUGGUUAAUGUAAGAAUGAUGUUUCAUUUUGUUUUUGAUUAUAAUAAUAACGCAGUCGCAAUCCUGGUGUGCUUUAUGUGAAGCUUUGUUUGUUCAACAACUGUCACUUAAAUAUAUUUUUUAAAUAUAUUUUGCUUAAAAUAUAUUUUGCUGGAAAUGACAUACUACUACAAUCGAACGGUAGUAUUCUGGAUUCAGGUCCCAGCUGAGUAAAAUGGGAUCUUCUCGGGAGAGUGAGUGUGAGUUCAAAAGGUCCUUUUUGUAUGCAAUUAUUUAAGCUCACUAUUUGAACGUUUGUAAACGGAAAAAUGCUCUAUUGCUUAUAGGUAAGAACACAAGUGAUAUGUUCUGCUCUCGUACCUAUUUUUGUAAUAAA